CCUCACAUAAUUUUUUAUUCAACAUCUUAAAAGCAAUUAACAUUAACUAAUUAUUAAUUUUCUCUUAAAUGAAUGCAUGAUGUGAAGGAUUCCACAAAAAAGAAAGGAAAAAGUAGGAUAGAAACAAAAAAUGGGACGUGAUGAUGGAAAUGACAAGGAAAAAGAGAAUUCGGAUUGCGAAUUGAAGAGCACUCACGACCCUGACAUAGCUUCGGAUUCGGAAGGAAGAAUAAGCCGACAAGCGUCGUGCUAUGCAACAGAGGAUGACGAGGAUUUGAACAUCCAGCUUGGACCCAAAGUUAGCAUCAAGGAACAUCUGGAGAAAGAUAAGGAUGAUGAGAGCUUGAGGAGGUGGAAGGAACAACUCCUAGGGAGUGUGGAUGCUGCUGCUGUUGAAGAGGAUCAAGAGCCAGAUGUGAAAAUAUUGAGUCUCACAAUUGUGUCCCCGGGAAGACCAGACAUAGUGCUCCCAAUACCUGAGAAUGGGAACCCUAAAGGGCUUUGGUUCACACUCAAAGAAGGUAGUAAAUAUCGGCUUAGAUUUUCCGUUAAGGUUAGCAACGACAUCGUUUGUGGCCUCAAAUAUACCAAUACUAUCUGGAAAACUGGAAUCAAAGUGGAUAGCUCGAAGCAGAUGUUGGGCACAUUUAGUCCUCAGGUGGAGCCGUACACGCAUGUAAUGGAAGAAGAGACGACUCCAUCUGGGAUUUUCGCUAGAGGAUCAUAUUCUGCAAAAUCAAAGUUUGUUGACGAUGACAACAAAUGCUACUUGGACAUCAACUACACUUUUGAUAUCCAGAAAGAUUGGCCCUCCAAAUAAAGUUGCCAGAUUCUUAAAUUUGAAGUUCAAACAAUAUGCAGAUGCAAUGCAAUGAUGUGACCAAUAAUAAACUCAGAACAAACACAUCAUUGCUCAUUGCCAACACUAGAAUUAGUUAUAUAUUUACGUAAUUUUCUUUAUAACGCCUUUUCUUUUAGUAACAGUGUGUUAUGUUGGUGAAUUAAUUGUAUUUCUAGUUACAUAUACAAUGAGACAGACAAGUACGAAACAUAUAAAUGUUGCGAACAUGAUUGUUUGAUUUUGUAGUUCAAAAUAAUUACAAGUAUGGAACAAAAACUGGACUAGAUGUAAAGACGUUAUUUAUAAGUUUUUUAUUCUAGUUAAAAAAAAUUC